AUGGAAGCCGCCUGGCGGCCAUCGGCUUCUCCACGUUUGGGCCAACUUUGCUCUUCACCGCACCCACGCAGCCGAAGGAGCCAUCCAGGAAAUGUUGUCAAGGAAGGAUGGCAAAGCUGCAGCCUUGCUUUCCUUGCAGUCGUCGCUUUACCAAGUUUGAACCGGCGAUGCACCCCACUGGCCAAGGCGAAGGCAAAAGCAUCGGCCACGGAAGGCCCAAAGUCGUACGAGAAACUUGAGGCUUUCCUUCGAUUGCGGCGACAAGCCCCUCUAGCCAGCGAUCCCUUAGGGGGCUCUUUGACACCGUACAACGACGGUCCGUUGGAUAUGCUGUUCAUCGCUGUGUUUCGUCAGGUGAUGUCUGGCGUCGCUGGCUGGCAGUCUCCCUUAGCAUUUUGGGGGCCGGAGGCCUAUGACGGGAUGUUGGAGGUGGCUCAUGCGCAGCAGUGGGGAAGGAGCCUUCAAGAAACGGAGGACUCCGCUAUGUCAGUCAUCGACGGCUUGCUCCCCGAAGAGGGGAAGGCGAGUAUCGGGGAAAGAUCUGGAAAGUGUCAAUAA